AUGAAGAUUAUCAUCGGAUUCUUAUUGUGUUCCAUUCUUGCUCUCAGUCUUGCUGGAGUCACUUGGGACACAGAUCUUGAGCAUGGACAUGAGAAAAGAGCUUAUGGAAAGUACUCCUCAGACGGAUCAGACAAAUUGAUGAUUCAUGUGAUCGCCCAUACCCAUGACGAUGUUGGAUGGAAGAAAACUCCUGAUGAGUAUUAUGCCGGAACAAAACAAUGGGUUCAAAAGGCAGGAAUCAGAUAUAUUUUAGACACAUUAUACUCUGAGCUUAUGAAGGAUCCUGCCAAAAAGUUCACCUAUGUCGAGAUGGCCUACUUCCAGAAGUGGUGGAACGAGCAAACAGAUGAAGUUAAAGCUAAUGUGCAGGUUUUGGUAGAUGAAGGAAGACUCGCAUUUGCUAAUGCAGGUAUGUCCAUGAGUGAUGAAGCUACUGUUCAUUAUGAAGAUUUUCUGAACAAUCUUAAGGCAGGCCACGACUUUUUGAAAAGAGAGUUGGGAUAUAGACCUACCAUUGGAUGGCAUUUAGAUCCAUUUGGACAUCAUUCAGCGACAGCUGGCUUAUUUGCAGAAAUGGGAUUCAACGCUUGGUUCUUUGCAAGGAUUGAUCAUCAGGAUAAAGAUAAGAGACUAGAGAAUAAAGAGAUGGAGUGGCUUCAUAGACCAUUCAACAAAUCUUUAGGAGCUAGAGCCGAGAUUUUCACUCACAUGAUGUAUCAUCACUAUAGUUCUCCAGAAGGAUUUCACUUUAAUGAUGGCAACGGGGAUGACCCGAUUGUUGAUGAUCCAAGACUUGAAACCUAUAAUAUUGAGGAGAAGGUAUCUGGAUUGAGAGACUAUCUUCUGCAUAUGGCAGAUCACUACAGGACUAAUCAUCUUUUAGUACCAUUCGGUGAUGACUUUAACUUUGAAAACUCUAAGAGAUAUUUUAUGAACAUUGAUAAACUAAUCAAAGGGUUCAAUGCUAAAUAUGACGACAUCGAAAUGUUUUAUAGUACGCCUGAAGAAUACAUUAAGGCAGUUAAUGAAAUUGAUAUUGAGCUCCCUACAAAAUAUGAUGACUUGUUCCCAUAUUCUGAUUUCGAUGAUGCUUACUGGACAGGUUAUUUCACAAGCAGACCGACUUUGAAGGGCUUUGUAAGAGAAGUAUCUAGAGAUAUGAACUCAGAAAGUAUUUUCUUAGCAAUGGAUUACUUAAUGAAUGGAAAAGAAACCUUCACUGUAUUUGAGGAACUAUUCAACCAAAUGGGAGUUCUUCAGCAUCACGAUGCUGUUUCAGGUACUGAAACUCAACAUGUGGCUAAUAACUAUUUCAUGAACUUAGACAACCAUCAUGAAUCUGUCAAAACACUUUUCCAAGAUUCUUUCGAAUCUGUUCUGAAGACAGGAGUCGAGAAUAUCGGAAUGUGUAGGGCUCACAAUUCAACUUUUGCUGAUUGUCCAACUAAGAGAUUAUUACAAGAAGAUACUAAUGAGAUCGUCCUGACUAUCUUCAAUCCCUCCAACAGCAGGAAAACAAUUGCAAAGAUUCCAGUUCCAAAUGGAAAGCUCAAGAUCUAUGACUCUGAUUCAAAAGAGUUAGAUGUAGAUAUUAUCUGUUCAGGUCAAGACCAAGGCUGUUUUGCUUAUUUACCUGUAUCUUUUGACAUGUUCUCAGCUAAACAGUUUACAUUGAAGAAAAUAGCAGAAGAUCUGAAACUUAUUCCACAAAGAAAAGACUUGACUAUGUUUACUAACAAAAUGGAAAUUUCUUUGAAGAAUUUAGAUGACUUCGCUACUCUUGUGAUCACUAGGGAAGGAAAGAAUUCUCACCAAGUUAAGCUAGGAUACGAAUUUUAUAAUUCUUUCUCACUCCCAUUUGGAGGGCCUAUCUCUGGAGCCUAUAUUUUCAGACCUCUUUUUGCAGAUGACAAGCCUCAUUCUUAUAAUACCUUCACUGAUAGUGACAUUUAUAAGGGAAAAGUUGUCUCAUUGCUGAAACUCUAUGGUGAUGAAGUCGAUUCAACAAUUCUUACACAUGACUUCACUGAUUUUAUUGAAAUCGAAUCUUAUGUCAAAGGCAUCCCAAACACUUGGAUAGGAAAAGAAGUUAUUCUAAAGUUAGCAGUAGAUGAUAUUAAGAACAAUGGAGUCUUUUAUACUGACUCGAUGGGUCUUGAGAUGCAAGAGAGAAAACUGGAUUAUAGACCUACUUGGAAUCUUCAAACUCAUCAGAGAGUAUCCUCAAACUAUUAUCCAAUUAAUCAUGGUAUCACAAUAAAAGAUGAAAGGAUGACCUUUGAAGUUCUUAAUGAUAGAUCUCAAGGAGGAAGUAGUUUAGAGAAUGGAGAAAUUGAAAUUAUGCUUCACAGAAGAAUCUUUGCAGAUGAUUCAAGAGGAGUAAACGAAGAGCUUAAUGAAUAUCUUCAGAACUCUCCAGACAACAUUGGAAUUCCAGUAAAAACUCAUCACUAUAUGAGAUUAUACGAAAAUGAUGAAGAUCUUUUUAUUGAAGAUAAUUCUAGAAUAAUGCAAAAGAACAUAGAUGUGCCCCUCACCUACCUCUUCGGUACCAAGUCUACUCCCUCUCUCAAUACUCUCAAGCUAACCCAGCUCAGCGAAGUCCUAGACCUGCCUCCCCAAAUCAAAGCUGUGUUCUUGCCUGAGCAUGAUGGAACUCUCUUCCUCAGACUCGAGAACAUCCUCGACUUGUUCUCAGCUUCUGACUCGGCCAUCGUCGACGUAGAAGCACUGGCUGCUCACCUGGGCUUGUUCAUGGGCCUUAGAGUGGAGUCAGUUGUCGAAGUUUCUAACACCGGACUCUACUCAAUGGCUGAGAUGCAGGAAGUCAAGCUACACUGGAAGGGAGAAGACUAUACAAGCAAGCCUGUGAGCUAUGAGUCAGACCCAAGCAAGGUUGAGUUGGAGCCACAAAGAAUCAGAUCUUUCAGACUCACUUUCACUUAA